UACAUUUAAAAAAUAAAAAUCUCUCCGCAGCACAGCACGGGCAUACAGGCUGGUUUUCUCAAAUCAAGUGAGUUUCAGCUCUUCCUCUCCAUGCAAAUGUCACUUGGAGACCUACUGCUGCAGGAUGCAGCUGGGUCCGCUAUCAGAUUCUAAAUUCUGUAAUCGACAAUAGUAAUGAAGUACUGAAUCUAUUGGGUCAUUACUCUUUCGUACCCCCAAAGGAGAAGGAAGCUUUAUAUGAAUUUCUUCAUUAGGACAAUCAUCAUAUCAUCACUUGCAAAGAUUUCUAUUCAUUUAUUUUACUCCAUGCUACUUUUCACAAGCCUCGAAGGAUUUUGCAGGUUCAAUAUCUGAGGGUGUAAUUUGACACAUCAAUGUUUCAUCAUAGAAAGUGCACCAAGCUAUAUGUGACGUGGACAAUUUUCUGCAAUGGAUUCAAAAGGAGCUUACGAUGUUGAGCAUAUGAGUUCCACACCAAGAAUUCAGCAUGAACUGUGGCCUCUUGAUGGAAUUGAUCCAAAGAAAGCUAAGUUUCCAUGUUGUCUCAUCUGGACUCCACUCCCAGUUGUCUCAUGGUUGGCACCUUUUAUCGGACAUGUUGGCAUUUGCAGAGAGGAUGGAACUAUUAUAGAUUUUUCAGGAUCCAAUUUUGUGAAUGUUGAUGAUUUUUCUUUUGGUGCUGCUGCUAGAUAUUUUCAACUUGAUAGAGAACAGUGUUGCUUUCCGCCAAACCUAACUGGACACGCAUGCAAGCAUGGCUACAAGCACUCAGAACAUGGGGCUGCGAUCACAUGGGAUGAUGCUCUACAGUCAAGCAUGCGUCACUUUGAUCACAAAACAUACAAUCUUUUCACAUGCAACUGUCAUUCAUUUGUUGCCAACUGUCUGAAUCGGUUGUGUUAUGGUGGAUCAAUGGAUUGGAACAUGAUAGAUGUGGCAGUUCUAAUACUCUUCAAGGGGCAUUGGAUAGAUUGGAAAUCCAUCGUCAGAUCCUUCCUUCCUUUCGCAGUUGUGCUUUGCAUAGGUGUAUUCUUGGUUGGCUGGCCCUUCUUAGUUGGCCUGUUCUCAUUCUCUCUCCUCCUUAUGGGGUGGUUUUUGUUGGGCACGUAUUGUUUCAAAAGCCUGUUAGAAUGCUAAAACUUCUGCAAUCUAUGCUGAUGGCGUUGAUUUGGGUAUGAAGUUGAAUCAGUAUAUUGUUUGUAAGAGUUUAUAACGCCAAAUACAGUCACAACACCAUGGAAGUCGUGUUGAUGCCAGGAGAAAUCUCUGCCCCAUCAUCGUGAAAAAAUGAACUCAUUGUAGGGUUGUUUUGGAAAUGAAAUGAAUGUUCAUUG